ACAAACAAUUAAACAAACAGCGCCGAGGCGUUGAGUUGGAAACAGACAGAACAUUGAUCAGUUGCAUGUUCUGGUGUGUGUCACCAUGACGACCCUUAACUUCUCUUAAAUCAUUGUUUCACUGAAAUAAAAUCCAAGUCAAUGAUUACGACCAACGAUGUGUGUUUUCAUGCAGUGUUGUUGUGUUUGCCCCUCAGGGCCCCCGUACAGUAAGUAAUGCUUAAUGAGGACGGCACUAAGCUUCGUGUAGACAGACGCAGACACCAUCACGCUGCCUGUUGGCUGGUUCUCAUUGGAUACCUGCUGGAUUUGGCAGACGGAGCGGUUGCCAGGCGACUGGGAGCCUGCUCUGCGCUGGGUGCAAAGCUGGAUGAUUUUGCCGACUUCACGACCUUCGGGAUCGCCACGUCGCUGCUGCUGAGGACGUCCGACCUGCUGGACAACGUGCUGUGCGUGUGCUACGUGCUCUCCGUGUUCGUGCGCCUCUGCUUCUUCACCAGCGGCAUCCCGUUCAUGUACCGCGGCCUUCCCUGCAUCUACUCCUCCGGCAUCCUGGCCAGCGCCUCGCUGCUGUCGGGGGGGAACCUGGCCAUGCUGCGCGUCAUUGCAGUCGCCAUGAUCCUCUUCAUGAUCAGCCAGAGCUUCUACCCCCACGACCGAGUGCUGGAGUCCCAGGCCUGGAAGAAAGCCGUCUACGUUGGAGGGGUGGCGAUGGUGUUCUGCUCCUCCUUCCCCCCCGCCUGCGUGUACUACCUGCUGUGGUCCGUGUCCUACAUCCUGUUCCCGACGUCUCUGUGGAGCAACAAAGUGUAGAACAUGUGCGGCUUCGUCCAAACCUCCACAUCCUGCAGGAUUAUCUGCGGCCCAUCCGGGUGGACUGAGGCUUCUGCUGCUGCUCCCCGCUGCCGGAGGAUCCCAGCGGAGCGAGCUCAUUCUCCACGGGCCAACACCGGCUCUACUCCACCUUUAUUUUGAUGUGACAGAAGACGUGAGAGCGUGAGAAGGAUUACGCUUCACGCCGUCUUCUGAAGCCGGGGCUCCAAACGUCUCCAGGUUCUGUCUUCAGCUUUAAUCUUUCAUCCACCUGGUGAACGCGCAGCAGCAGAAAAUAUUUCAAAUGCACAAAUUUAUAAUCGAUGUUUUGCUUCUGAUUUUAUUUUUCAAAUGUUUAAUUGUGUAACGACGCAGGAUCGUAGCUCUUCUGAUCCUGCGUCAUUAAUAAGUAACAGUCCGGCCUUCUACUAUAAAUAUAAAGUUAACCUCCUGCUGGUCCUGAACGUGUGACGCUCUGUCAUUACACUCUGAAGGUUUCUGCUCUUUAAACUUUACAAAACAGUUCAAAAUGUCCUAAAAUAUUCACUUUAUUUUGAUAUAAAACAGAAAAGCAGGAACUCGGAUGUGAGAGGCUGAAACAGACUUUAAAGACAAAAAAUAAAAACAAGUAAUUGAUUAUUAAAAUAGUUGCAGAUUGUUUUCCCGUCUUGUGUUCGGAUUCAGAACUCAGUUUUUAUUGGUCUCAAACCCAGUGAAGAUACAUGGUGCACUCUUUACUAUCAACUCUUCUCUAUCAACUCUUCUCUCAUAACUCUUCACUAUCAACUCUUCUCUCAUAACUCUUCACUAUCAACUCUUCUCUAUCAACUCUUCUCUAUCAACUCUUCUCUAUCAACUCUUCUCUAUCAACUCUUCUCUAUCAACUCUUCUCUAUCAUAACUCUUCUCUCAUAACUCUUCUCUCAUAACUCUUCACUAAUAACUCUUCACUAACAAUUAUUCUCUAAUGACUUCUUUAAUAAUUCUUCUCCAUCUACUCUUCUCUAUCUACUCUUCUCUAUCUACUCUUCUCUAAUAACUCUUCUCCAUCUACUCUUCUCCAUCUACUCUUCUCUAAUAACUCUUCUCUCUCAACUCUUCUCUAGCAACUCUUUACUAUCAACUCUUCUCUAAUAACUUCACUAAUACUCUUCACUAAUAACUCUUCUCUCUCAACUCUUCUCUAGCAACUCUUUACUAUCAACUCUUCUCUAAUAACUUCACUAAUAACUCUUCACUAAUAACUCUUCACUAAUAACUCUUCUCUCAUAACUCUUCACUAAUAACUCUUCUCUCAUAACUCUUCACUAUCAACUCUUCUCUAAUAACUCUUCUCUAAUAACUCUUUAAUAACUCUUCUCUAAUAACUCUUCUCUAAUAACUCUUCACUAAUAACUCUUCUCUAAUAACUCUUCUCUAUCUACUCUUCUCUAAUAACUCUUCACUCCACUCACAUCUGCGGUUAAUGAAUAAGUUCACAUUAAACUCCACUGACCCUUCAACUCUGGUUUCUGUGAUUCAGAACUUUAGUUCUUGUGAAGUUGUUUCUGUAAAGCACUCGUGUUAGUUUCCAUUUUGUUCUCCGUGUGUCCUGUUUGUGCUCUUUGUGCUUCUGUUUUAAGAGGCAUCGCAGUUAAAAAGUAAAUCCAUCCCAUAGUUGUGACGAGUGACUGAUCUUUAACAGCCGGCGGCCCGUCUGAUCCAGGAGGGGAUGAACCAGCAGCUCCACCGGAGACUCGUAGUGACGCUUUAACGUGUUCAGUGUUCAGCCAGAGGAGAUUAAACAGUAACGCAGAUUCAAAAUAAAACCUUUUAAAGAUUAGAAUAAUUUGAACCCUUAGAAGUGACAUCAAAACCUGAAGACAUUUUAUUAAUCUGCAGAUCUUCUGGUUCUGAUAAAGAUUCCUGUUCAGAGGUCACAGUGAGCAUUACUACACAAACUGUUUUACUCAACGAUGGAACCAUGAAUAAUGAAUAAUCAGAUCUGUGCUUUUACUUUAACUGUCUGUACAUUUUUUGACAAUAAAGAAAUGAAAUGAC